GGAGCAGCCAGAACGCAGCAGCGAGGCGCAUGCUCCACAGGGGACACACGGCGGGCUGCCCCAGGAUCCUCGGGGACCCCAGGAAGCCUUGAAUAAAAAUAAGAAACCCCAUGAACAGAAUGAAGCUCCAGCUAAUUGCGUUUGUCCUAAUCCUCUGGACUGAAACCCUGGCAGACCAGAGCCCAGGGCCAGGCCCCAAGUACGCAGAUGUGGUGUUUCUGGUGGACAGCUCUGAUUACCUGGGAGUUAAGUCCUUCCCAUUUGUGAGAACUUUUCUCAACAAGAUGAUCAGCAGCCUCCCCAUAGAGGCCAACAAGUACCGAGUGGCCCUGGCCCAGUACAGUGAUGCUCUCCAUAAUGAGUUCCAGCUGGGCACCUUCAAGAACAGGAACCCCAUGCUGAACCACCUGAAGAAGAACUUGGGGUUCAUCGGUGGGUCCCUGAAGAUAGGGAACGCCCUGCAGGAGGCUCACAGGACCUAUUUCUCUGCUCCCACAAACGGAAGAGACAAGAAACAGUUUCCCCCAAUCCUGGUGGUGCUGGCUUCCGCGGAGUCUGAGGAUGAUGUGGAAGAGGUUUCAAAGGCCUUGCGGGAAGAUGGGGUGAAAAUCGUCUCUGUAGGGGUACAGAAGGCUUCUGAGGAAAACCUGAAGGCCAUGGCCACCUCACAGUUCCAUUUCAACCUCAGGACUGCCAGAGACCUCAGCGGGUUUGCCCUAAACAUGACACAGAUCAUCAAGGACGUGACUGAGUACAGGGAAGGAACAACUGUGGACCUAUUCACAGCUGUAAUCCCAGUCACACCUGCAGCUCUGACCACACCUGCAGCUCUGACCACACCUGCAGCUCUGACCACACCUGCAAACGAUGUUGAUAAGACAGUUCCCUUUCUCACAUCCUGCCAGAAAGAUUCCCUUGCCGACCUUAUAUUCUUGGUGGACGAGUCAGUGGGGACCACGCAAAAUCUGAGGGACUUGCAGAACUUCUUGGAGAAUGUCACCAGCUCCGUGGAUGUGAAGGACAACUGCAUGCGGCUUGGGCUGAUGAGCUACAGCGACAGGGCUCAGACUAUUUCUUCCCUGGGGUCAAGCGCCAACCAGUCUGAAUUCCAACAGCAAAUCCAGAAGCUCUCCCUCCGGCCUGGGGCAUCUAAUGUUGGGGCUGCCAUUGAGCAGAUGAGAAAAGAAGGCUUCUCAGAGUCCAGUGGCAGCAGAAAGGCACAGGGGGUCCCCCAGAUUGCUGUGUUGGUCACCCACAGAGCAUCAGAUGAUGCGGUACGGGAGGCUGCAUUGGACCUGCGCUUGGAGGGUGUGACUAUGUUUGCCCUGAGCAUCGAAGGCGCCAACAACACACAGUUAGAGGACAUAGUGUCAUACCCUUCCAGGCAGAGCAUCUCCACACACAGCUCCUACAGUCACUUGGAAUCAUACAGUGGGAACUUCCUGAAGAAGAUCCACAAUGAAAUCUGGACCCAAGUUUCUACCCAUGCCGAACAAAUGGAGCUGGAUAAAACUGGCUGUGUGGACACAAAGGAGGCUGACAUCUAUUUCCUCAUUGAUGGGUCAUCCAGCAUCCGUAAGAAAGAGUUCGAGCAAAUCCAGAUGUUUAUGUCAUCUGUGGUAGAUAUGUUUCCUAUCGGCCCCAACAAAGUCCGUGUUGGAGUUGUGCAGUAUUCACACAAGAACGAAGUGGAAUUUCCUGUCUCUCGCUACACAGAUAGCAUUGACUUGAAGAAGGCUGUUUUUAACAUCAAACAACUCAGAGGUCUUACAUUCACUGGGAAAGCCCUGGAUUUCAUACUGCCAAUCAUAAAGAAGGGAAAGUCAGAGAGGACUGAUGGAGUCCCCUGUUACCUCAUCGUACUGACUGAUGGGAAGUCAAAUGACAGUGUUCUAGAACCUGCCAACAGACUGAGGGCCGAGCACAUCACCAUUCAUGCCGUUGGGAUUGGCGAGGCAAACAAAACACAGCUGCGGCAGAUUGCUGGGAAAGACGAAAGGGUUAACUUCGGGCAGAACUUCGAUUCUCUGAAGGACAUAAAGAAUGAAAUUGUCCAUCGCAUCUGCUCUGAGAAAGGGUGUGAAGACAUGAAGGCAGACAUCAUGUUUUUGGUGGACAGUUCUGGAAGCAUAGGGCCUACAAAUUUUGAGACAAUGAAAACUUUCAUGAAAAACCUGGUGGGGAAGAUUCAGAUUGGCACUGACAAAUCCCAAGUGGGUGUUGUUCAGUUCAGUGAUUAUAACAGAGAAGAAUUCCAGCUCAAUAAAUACUCCACACACAAGGAAAUUUAUGCCGCCAUAGAUGGGAUGUCUCCCAUCAACAGAAACACUUUGACUGGGAGUGCACUAACCUUCAUAAAUGAAUACUUUGACCUUUCCAAAGGGGGGCGCCCCCAGGUCAGAAAGUUCCUCAUCCUCCUCACAGAUGGAAAAGCUCAGGAUGAAGUGGGGGGCCCGGCCAUGGCUCUCAGGAGCAAGAGUGUGACCAUCUUUUCUGUGGGUGUGUAUGGUGCCAAUAGGGCUGAGCUGGAAGAGAUCAGUGGGGAUGGCAGCCUGGUUUUCCAUGUAGAGAACUUUGACCAUCUGAAGGCCAUAGAGAGUAAACUCAUCUUUCGAGUGUGUGCUCUGCAUGACUGCAAGAGGAUUGAACUCUUGGACAUUGUGUUUGUGUUGGACCACUCAGGCAGCAUAGGUCCACAGGAGCAAGAAAGCAUGAUGAACCUCACCAUCCACCUGGUGAAGAAGGCAGACGUUGGCAGGGACCGAGUUCAGUUUGGAGCGCUCACGUACUCCAACAAUCCCGAGAUUCUUUUCUACCUUAACACCUACUCGAGCAGAUCAGCCAUCACUGAGCAUCUGAGGAGGCCCAGGGACACUGCAGGGGAGACCUACACGGCCAAGGCUCUUCAGCAUUCCAAUAUCCUGUUCACAGAGGAGCACGGCAGCCGCCUGAAGCAAAACGUGAGGCAGGUGAUGAUUGUCAUCACGGAUGGCGUGUCCCACGACCGGGAUAAACUCAAUGAUGCAGCACAGGAACUCAGAGACAAAGGCAUCACCAUCUUUGCCGUAGGUGUAGGAAAUGCCAACCAAGAUGAACUGGAGACCAUGGCAGGGAAGAAAGAAAAUACUAUCCAUGUGGACAACUUUGACAAACUGAGAGACAUUUACCUGCCUCUGCAAGAGACUCUGUGCAAUAAUUCACAAGAAACUUGUAACCUUCCGGAAGCUGAUGUGAUUUUCCUUUGUGAUGGCUCCGACAUGGUGUCUGAUGCAGAGUUUGUUACCAUGACGACUUUCUUGUCAGACUUAAUUGAUAAUUUUGACAUUGAGUCUCAAAGAAUGAAAGUCGGGAUGGCUCAAUACGGGAGCCGGUAUCAGGAAAUUAUUGAGUUGGAAAGCUCUCUGAACAAGACUCAGUGGAAAUCUCAGGUCCACAGUGUGGCCCAGAGCAAGGGGCUUCCACGAAUUGACUUUGCUCUCAAGCACGUGAGUGACAUGUUUGAUCCAUCCGUUGGCGGGAGAAGAAACGCUGGUGUCCCCCAGACUUUGGUUGUUAUGACAUCCAGUUCUCCUCGCUAUGACGUGACAGACGCGGUAAAGGUCCUGAAAGACCUUGGCAUCUGUGUCCUGGCUUUGGGCAUAGGAGAUGUCUAUAAGGAGCAGCUUCUGCCCAUCACAGGCAAUUCAGAAAAAAUAAUUACCUUCCAAGACUUUAAUAAACUGAAGAGUGUGGAUGUGAAGAAGAGAAUGGUCCGUGAAAUUUGCCAGAGCUGCGGGAAAGCCAAUUGCUUUGUGGAUGUAGUGGUUGGAUUCGACAUUUCCACUCACCGUCAGGGACAGCCUUUGUUCCAGGGCCAUCCCCGCUUAGAAUCGUACCUUCCAGGCAUCUUGGAGGACAUCACCUCUAUCAGAGGGGUGAGCUGUGGUGCAGGUGCAGAGGCGCAGGUGAGCCUGGCCUUUAAGGUGAACAGUGACCAAGAGUUCCCAGCCAAGUUCCAGAUCUAUCAGAAAGCAGUGUUUGACAGCUUGUUGCAAGUCACCGUCCGUGGACCAACUCAUCUGGAUUCACAGUUCUUGCAGUCACUUUGGGACAUGUUUGAAGAGAGAUCUGCAUCCAGGGGCCAGGUUCUGCUCAUCUUCUCAGACGGUCUCCAGGGUGAAAGUAUCGCCUUACUAGAACAGCAGUCAGACAGGCUCAGAGAAGCAGGACUUGAUGCUCUGUUGGUGGUGUCCCUUAACACAUUCGGUCACGAUGAGUUUUCCAGCUUUGAGUUUGGAAAAGGAUUCGACUACAGGACUCAGCUGACCAUUGGAAUGCUAGACCUGGGCAAGAAGCUCUCACAGUAUCUGGGAAACAUUGCAGAAAGGGCUUGCUGCUGUAAAUUUUGUAAAUGUCCGGGGAUUCCAGGGCCUCAUGGAACCCGGGGACUCCAAGCCUCAAAGGGUUCUUCAGGUCCGAAAGGUAGCAGAGGACACAGGGGAGAGGAUGGAGACCCGGGAAGACGAGGAGAAAUUGGGCUUCAAGGAGACAGAGGAAUCAUGGGAUGCCCAGGGACUCGAGGUCAAAAGGGAGUCAAAGGAUUUUCGGGAGCUCAGGGAGAGCGCGGUGAGGAUGGGCUUGACGGACUGGAUGGAGAAGAAGGAUUUUAUGGAUUUCGUGGGGGAAAGGGACAAAAAGGUGACCCUGGCUCUCAGGGCCACCCAGGCACCAGAGGCGCUCCUGGGGAAGAUGGCGAGAAGGGCUUCCCAGGGGAUCCCGGUAACCCAGGACAAGACAGCAACAUCAGAGGCCAGAAGGGCGACAAAGGAGAACGAGGAAGACAAGGGAGAACUGGGCAGAAGGGGACAGAUGGCAGUCCUAGUUCCAGAGGAAGCAGGGGAAUGGAAGGCCGGAGGGGGCCCCAGGGUCCCUCAGGACAAGCAGGAAACCCGGGGCCUCAAGGUACACAGGGACCUGAAGGACUACAAGGGCCACAGGGGCCAAGUGGAAAUCGUGGCGGGAAAGGAGACAAAGGAAGUCAAGGACAUCAGGGACCUCAGGGUUCUCCUGGGCCAGUAGGACCCAGAGGGGGCAUCGGAAGACCUGGAUUUGGGGGGAGAAAGGGGGAACCUGGACUUCCUGGAGGCCCAGGACCAGUGGGGCCCCCUGGACAGCGAGGAGAACAGGGAGAUUAUGGUGUCCCAGGCUAUGGCCAGACAGGAAGGAAAGGAGUUAAGGGCCCAACAGGAUUCCCUGGGGACCCGGGGCAAAAGGGUGAUGCUGGAGAUCCUGGAGUUCCUGGGGGGCCUGGACUCAAAGGAUUCAAGGGACUGACUCUCUCUCAAGGCUUGAAAGGCGGGAGUGGACUUCAGGGGACUCAAGGCCCUCCUGGUCGGAGAGGUCCGAAAGGCACAGCAGGGCAACCUAUAUAUUCCCCCUGUGAACUGAUCCAGUUCCUGAGGAACCACAGUUCCUGUUGGAAAGAAAAGUGUCCCGUGUAUCCAACAGAGCUGGUAUUUGCUCUGGACCAGUCCUCUGGUACCACAGAAAGGAGAUUUAAUGAGAUGAGGGACACCAUCACUUCAAUUGUCAAUGACCUCAACGUCAGGGAACACAACUGUCCCGUGGGAGCGCGGGUUGCCGUGGUUUCCUACGACUCGGACACCAGCUAUCUCAUUCGUGGGUCUGACUACCAUAGCAAGAAGCAUCUUCUGCAGCUUCUUUCCCAGAUAAAAUACCAAGUGCCCCAGAAGGCCAGGGACAUCGGCAGUGCGAUGAGGUUUGUGGCCCGCAAUGUUUUCAAGCGGACGUCUCCGGGAACCAACACCAGGAGAGUUGCUGUGUUUUUCAGCAAUGGCCAGGCAGUCAGUAGAGCAUCCAUCCUCACGGCCACCAUGGAGUUCAGUGCCCUGGAUAUCAGCCUUGCGGUUUUUGCUUAUAAUGAAAGAGUUUUCCUUGAUGAGGCUUUUGGGUUUGAUGACACUGGGACAUUCCAGGUGAUUCCAGUUCCUCCAGUUGGAGGUUAUGAGCCACUGGAAAAGCUUCGGCGCUGCACACUUUGCUAUGAUAAGUGUUUUCCAAAUACAUGUGCGGAAGAGCCUUUCUUUCCUGAGAACUCCUAUAUGGACGUUGCAUUCCUCUUAGACAAUUCCCGUAACAUCGCCAGCGAUGACUUCCAAGCUGUGAAAGGGCUGGUGAGCUCAGUGAUUGACAGCUUCCACAUCACUUCAAAACCUUCGGCCUCCGAGUCUGGUGACAGGGUGGCUUUGCUGAGUUAUUCUCCCUCAGGGAAUUCCAGAAGGAAGGGCAGGGUGAAGACCGAGUUUGCGUUUACAACCUAUGACAACCAGUCAGUCAUGAAGAACUACAUCCACACUUCCCUCCAACAGCUCAAUGGAGAUGCUACCAUUGGUCUUGCCCUACAGUGGGCCAUGGAAGGUCUCUUCCCGGGAACCCCCAAUCCAAGAAAACACAAGGUCAUUGUUGUGAUUUCAGCUGGAGAAAAUCAUGAGGAGAAGGAAUUUGUGAAGACGGUGGCUUUGAGGGCCAAAUGUCAAGGCUAUGUCAUAUUUGUGAUUUCUUUGGGCUCCACACAAAGAGACGAGAUGGAAGAGUUAGCCAGCUAUCCACUUGAUCACCAUCUGAUACAGCUUGGGAGAAUGCAUAAGCCAGAUCUGAAUUAUAUUGUCAAAUUUCUGAAGCCCUUUGUAUACUCUGUCAGACGCGGAUUUAAUCAGUACCCGCCGCAGAUGCUGAAGGAUGACUGCAGACUCGUUGAUUUAGAGAGGGGAGAUACGCUGCCCCAUGGCCUCCGAUUGACUGCCAAGCUGCGUGAGGUUUCGGCAAGCAAGAGCAGCCUGGCUGGUCAAGAGCUGAACGCCGGGAAAGACUCAUCUUUUGUGUUGGAGGGUCAUGGAGGUGGCCAUUUGGUUUACAUUCCAAACCAAAUGCUAGAGCCACAUAAGUUAGUGAGCCACUAUGGAAAUGACCAGGCACCUGGAGCAAUGGCAAGUCUCACUUCCGAACAUGAAAGUCAUGGCAGAAAAGAACUGGGCCUUGCUCAUGAACCUGGGGAUGCUUCUCUUCAAGAAUAUUACAUGGACGUGGCUUUCCUCAUAGAUGCUUCUCAACAAGUAGGACGUAAUGAGUUUAAAGAAGUGAGAGCUUUAAUAACUUCAGUACUGGAUUACUUUCACAUCGCCCCAGCUCCACUGACCUCUGUUUUAGGAGACAGAGUGGCUGUCCUAACCUACUCUCCCCCAGGCUAUCUGCCAAACACUGAAGAAUGCCCAGUCUACCUGGAAUUCGAUUUGGUCACUUACAACACUGUACACCAAAUGAAGCAUCAUCUCCAAGAGUCUCUUCAGCAGCUCAAUGGAGAUGUUUUUAUUGGGCAUGCCCUUCAGUGGACAAUUGACAAUGUCUUUGUAGGAACCCCCAAUCUGAGGAAAAAUAAAGUUAUCUUUAUAGUAACUGCAGGUGAAACCAACCCUUUAGACAAAGAAGUUUUAAGGAAUGCAUCUCUGAGAGCCAAGUGCCAAGGCUACUCCAUAUUUGUAUUUUCCUUGGGUCCUAUACACAAUGACAUGGAGUUAGAAGAAUUAGCAAGCCAGCCCCUGGACCAUCACUUAGUACGGCUUGGCCGGGUACACAAGCCAGAUUUGGACUAUGUCAUCAAGUUCAUCAAGCCAUUUGUUCAUUCAAUCAGACGUGCUAUCAACAAAUAUCCCGGCAGAGACCUGCAAGCCAAGUGUGCUAAUCUCACCUUCCCCAGCCCAGAGAAUGCUGGCACAGAAGACAGUGUAUUACUCAUCCCUGAGGUGUACAAGAUCGAGGCAGGAGAGAGGGAGCUGUCUGGAGACUCCGGGUCUCAGGAACAGCAUUUCUUCCUCCUAGGGAACACUCAUGGUAACCAUUCAGAGAACACUGCAGAUCUGAUGCAGCAGUUGUACCUGCUUCUCUCCUCUGGGGAACUGAUGGUGAACGAUAAGGAAGAGCUGUGUUCUGAAGAGACCCUUGCUCCAGCCGGCAAACAAGAUGGCGAAGAUGCAAGAUGAGCUUGCAGGAGAGAAGAGUGCUGGCUGGCAGAUGGGACUCCCUGCUGCGGUGGUUCCAGCCAGGAAGUGUCAAUCACUUAUUCGAAGGGAACGGACAGGAACCAGAGCUAAAUCUACUUCUCAGUCUCAAACCUGAGGGAGAGACUUUUCAAGAUAGAGACAUCAAGGAACAGACAUUCAAAAGUAGGACUUCAUCUCUCAGGAGGAAUGGGAACACUGAGCAAGAAGAGACAACAGGCUCCCUUGUGACAGCUUGGCUCACUCACUUUGAUCGCUUUGGAUGAUUGUCUGCCAAAAGAAGAUUUCCGUCACGAUCAUCAUCACAUCUACAUCUCAAACUAGACAAAACAAAUCGAGUAAAAACAAUUUGUAAUUGGAA